UUUUCUUUUGGUUCAUCCUUGAAUGUUAUCAUCGUCCCAAGUCUUCUCUUUUUCUUGCUUGUUUGCUUGCUACCAUAUUUUGUGGUUUAUGUUUUCUUCUUUUGAACUUUCUUUUCUUUUCUGCUGAAUUUUGAACUGCAUUGUUGUCUAAUACUCUGAUAUUUUGUUUUUGUAUGUGUUUUUUUUUUUGGUUUCCAUUACAAUUCCUAUUUUGCUUUAAGUUCUACCUAUGUUCUCCUCUGUAAGCUUUUGUGUUUUUCUGUUUUGUUUCUGUUUUCUUGGCUAAUCUCAGACAUUUUUUCUUACUAAAAUUUCACGUUGUUUGUUAAUCUGAGACAUUGUAUUCGAGGAAAAGAAAAUUUUUGAAACUUGUCUCGUGCUGGACUCUACUAUCGGUCUCUUACUCUGUUUUUUUUUUUUGCUUAUUUCGAGGAGUCAACGAAAACCUGUUUUGAUAUAUAUAUAUAUAUUUUUUUUUGUAUUUUGAAUUCUAUUUGAUGUUCAAACUUUAACUCCUUUCGGAAGCAAUUUCUUUUGAGAAUGCCGUUUGAUUUUCGCAAUGUUAAAUCGUAAUACCAGAGGAAUCAUUACCGCAAGGCAUAGAGGGGGAGGUCAUAAGCGUCUAUACCGUAAAAUUGAUUUUCGACGAAAUGAAAAAGACAUAUAUGGUAGAAUCGUAACCAUAGAAUACGACCCUAAUCGAAAUACAUACAUUUGUCUCAUACACUAUGGGGAUGGUGAGAAGAGAUAUAUUUUACAUCCCAGAGGGGCUAUAAUUGGAGAUACCAUUGUUUCUGGUACAGAAGUUCCUAUAAAAAUGGGAAAUGCCCUACCUUUGAGUGCGGUUUGAACUAUUGAUUUACAUGGAGAAAGCAAGUACUGAAGAAGCACUGGAAUUACCAUCUCUGCCCCUACCACUGCCAACAAUACCAUCCAAUGUGAAGCUAGAGAGCUUGAAGCCUCCCAAGUAUUCUAUUGUCAGUAGGAGUGAAGUUGGGACAAGUGGACGAAAGAUAUCCCUGCUUGCCAAUCACUUCAAAGUUUCUGUCAAUGCCCCAGAUGCUGUAUUUUACCAGUAUACUGUUACAGUUUCGUCAGAAGAUAGUAGAGUUGUUGAAAGCAAGCGGAUUGGGAGAAAACUUGUUGAUAAACUUUACCAAACAUACUCUUCGGAACUUGCUGGAAAAAGAUUUGCCUAUGAUGGUGAAAAGAGUUUGUAUACAGUGGGUCCUUUGCCACAGAACAAGUUUGAAUUUACAAUAGUGCUAGAAGACUCAUUUACGAAAUGGAGUCCUGUUGCUGAUGGAGGCCCUGCUGAGACUGGCAAGAGGACAAAGCGUUCUUUCCAGUCAAAGACUUACAAAGUAGAACUAAGCUAUUCUGCUAAGAUACCCUUGAAGUCAAUAUCUCUUGCCCUCAAAGGAGUUCAGUCAGAUAAUAGCACUCAGGAUGCUUUGAGAGUACUUGACAUCAUUCUAAGGCAGCAAGCUGCUGAACGAGGUUGCCUUUUGGUGAGACAAUCUUUCUUUCAAGAUGAUUCAAGGAAUUAUGUCGAUUUGGGAGGAGGGGUAUUGGGUCUGCGGGGCUUCCAUUCCAGUUUUCGUCCCACUCAGGGGGGCUUGUCUUUGAAUAUGGAUGUAUCUACAACAAUGAUUUUAAGGCCUGGACCAGUAUUUGAGUUUCUAAAACAGAACCUGAAUCUAAAUGAUGAACGUUUCUGGCUGAAAGCCAGACGAAUGUUGAAGAAUAUGAGGAUUAAAACAAUACACAGUAACAUGGAAUUCAAAAUCACUGGUCUAAGUGAGAAGCCCUGUUGUGAGCUAUACUUCCCAAUGAAAGUUAAAAAUGGUGGUUGUGGUGAAGUCCGGACUGUUGAGAUCACAGUGUAUGAGUAUUUCACCAAACACUGUGGAAUUGAACUCACAUAUUCUGCAGACAUGCCAUGCCUUGAUGUUGGUAAACCAAAACGUCCUAACUAUUUACCCCUAGAGCUCUGUUCACUUGUUUCACUUCAACGGUACACAAAAGCGUUAACUACAAAUCAAAGGGCAACCCUGGUUGAAAGAUCCAGGCAAAAGCCUCGGGAAAGAAUUCAAAUUCUGACUGAUGCUUUGAAAAACAACAAAUUCAAUGAGAACCUUGUACUUUCUGCAUGUGAAAUUUCAAUAGGUAGGCAAUUGACAGAAGUUGAGGGUCGGAUCCUGGAGACUCCAAGGUUGAAGGUUGGGAAUCAUGAGGAUUGCAUCCCUCGAAAUGGUAGAUGGAACUAUAACAACAAGAGAUUUCUGGAUCCAAAGAAAAUUGAACGUUGGAUUGCUGUCAACUUCUCUGCUCGCUGUGAUCUCAGUCAAAUUUCAAGGGAUUUAAUCAGUUGUGCAAGAAACAAGGGCAUUGAAAUGGAACGUCCACACACAUUGAUUGAGGAGGAACGACAUCAAGCUGCUAAAGCUGGCCCUGCCGCUAGAGUGGAAGCAAUGUUUGAUCAGAUUAUAGCAAAGCUUCCUGGCCCCCCUGAGUUCAUUCUAUGUGUCUUGCCAGUGAGAAAAAACUCUGAUAUAUAUGGACCUUGGAAGAAAAAAUGUCUUUGCGAUAUGGGAAUUGCCACACAAUGCAUUAGCCCUGGAAAAAUUAAUGACCAAUACCUCACAAAUGUCCUCCUUAAAAUCAAUUCAAAGCUUGGAGGAAUCAACUCUUUAUUGGAAAUAGAGAAACCUUCAAUCCUCCCAUUGCUGAAGGAUACUCCUACAUUGAUUUUGGGAAUGGAUGUCUCUCAUGGGUCCCCUGGUCGAUCAGAUGUCCCAUCAAUAGCUGCAGUUGUUGGUUCGCUUCAUUGGCCUUUGAUUUCAAGGUACAGAGCAUCUGUGAGAACACAAUCUCCAAAGAUGGAGAUGAUUGAAGCUUUAUAUAAGCCAUCACCAGAUGGAAAGGUUGAUGAUGGUAUUAUCAGGGAACUGCUUGUUGAUUUCUAUAAAACGAGUGGUAAUCGCAAACCAAAACAAAUUAUCGUCUUCAGGGAUGGAGUAAGUGAAUCACAGUUUAACCAAGUAUUAAACAUUGAGCUGGAGCAAAUCAUCAAGUCAUAUCAGUUUCUGGGCGAGUCUGAUGUUCCCAAGUUCACAGUAGUUGUUGCUCAGAAGAAUCAUCAUACAAAAUUAUUCCAAGCUAAUGCCCCUGAAAAUGUUCCACCAGGGACAAUAGUGGACACAAAAAUAGUGCAUCCGAGAAACUAUGAUUUCUACAUGUGUGCUCAUGCAGGGAUGAUUGGAACAUCUAGGCCAGCUCAUUAUCAUGUCUUGCUUGAUGAGAUAGGUUUCUCUCCUAAUGACCUGCAGAAUCUUAUCCACUGUCUUUCCUAUGUAUACCAAAGGAGCACGGCAGCAGUCUCAAUAGUGGCUCCUAUUUGUUACGCUCACCUUGCGGCAUAUCAGAUGGGCCAAUUUUUGAAGCUGGAUGAACAUUCAGAAACAUCUUCAGGAAACGUAACAUCCACAGGAAGUAUCCUUGUGCCAGACCUUCCGAGGCUGAAAAAGAAUGUGGCAAGUACAAUGUUCUUCUGUUGAGGGGAUCGCCCAUUUCAGUAAAUACAUGUUAGGCUAACUGUAGAUAGUUUGGGUAGGCUAGGGGUAUACAAAGCAUACAACUCCAGGCUUUUGCUUUUGCUUUUGUGAUUGAUUAUUGAGGCUGGCUGGCUUUAGCAAGCACAAGUUUUUGUUUAAACCAUGACAAGGUUAUGUUGAGGGGUUAGGAGCCAUUGGUGUAUCUUAUAUUUGUUUCAGACCUUACUUUAGUCAAAAUCCUGUUAUUGCUUAGAAGCUUCAUUCUGAUAGAAAA